AUGCCUAGCCUCUUCUCCCGAUUGAAGAGCAAGGACGGCUCCAAAAAGGCAAAGAAGGGUGCCAACUUUGACAAUGCCGAUCAGCUGCCCGCGAAGCCAAAAUGGGACGACGCUUUCACGCGGAAGACGGUUGAGCCCGAAGAGAUCCAGGAUCUGAUCAGGCGUUGCACCGACGAACUGAAAGCCAGAGCCCUCGAUCACCCCUUUUUGCUGCUGCCAUUCAGACCUACCUCGGACCCUAGUGCGGUCCGGACCUUCAUCCGCCACUUUUUCGAUGGAAGCCAACCUCUACGCGGCGAAUUCUUGUCGCAAGAGCUUCGCAUGACUGAGCCAAUGGUCAUCGCUGGCGUAGUGAAAUGGUGUUGGAGUCGCCUUGCAGGCGGUGUUGUAGGCUGGGAUGCGUACGAGCUGUUCAAAGUCGGCGAGCAAGACUCGAAUAUGGCGAGAGACUCGUUCAAAACAUUCAUACCUCUUAGUGUGGAUAACGGAGCUCGUUCGUGUAUCAUUUUCGAUUUCUUCGACUUAAUGUCUGCAAUCGCCGCUCAUAGCAAGAUGAAUGGAUUGGGCGGACGGAAAUUGUCUCGGAUGGGUGCAUGGUGGGCGUUCGAACACAAGGAUACGGGCAGUGGCUUCGAAGGUGGUUACAAAGCAUGGGCAAGCGCCGCUGAUGCUACGAGCCAUCUGUUCUUCGCCUACCUGCGAUCUUUGGCCCCACAGAAGCAGACACAGGGCUCCAUCUCGCUGCUGCCAAUGUCUCUCCAAAAACUGCUUCAGGAAACCGAGUAUCCUCCCCAGAAGCCAUCAUUGAUGCAGUCCUCUACAUACAGGGUCGUCAUGAUCGUGGACACCGUUUCGCCGGGCCCCUUCGCACUACUCCGACGAGCCAAUCACUUCCAGUAUCGCGAUGAGGACCAAGCUUUGCGCGAGUUCUCCGAGUACGAGGAUCCUGUCAAGGCACUGACCGAAGAAUGCCGGCGUGUCCUGAAAUCGAUCUCCUCCGCCAAUCAGUCCCAAGUUUCCAGCUCAAAGCACUCAACGAGCUUGCGCGACGCAUCCUGGUCACGCUUCGAAGACAUUGGCUUCACCAGCCCUCUCGAGGAUGACGACGACGAUGACCACGAAGCCGCCACAGCGGCUCGAAAGCCCCAGGGCUUGAGGACCACACCUGCGGCUGGCAACAUGGGUUUGGGACGGCCGACCACGCCUUCCUGGGCCGAUUUCCUCUCGUCUGGCUUUGUGGAUGACAACCCCAACAACCCGAAUAUGCUGCUGCCGCCCGAUAAGCAGUUACCGCCUAUCGACACCGCUCAACGCCAACGGAGCUCUCAAUCUCAUAAUCCACGUCUGGAAUCGGAUCGUCUUGAGCCUGGCGAGCUCGCAAGCAUUGCCCGCUUUGACCUCGACGAGAGCUUCUGGUGGGUUUGGAUGAGCAGUCUUGCACCCGAAGAGACUCCCGAGAGAAAGUCUGCGUUUGGCCGCUGCGCCGUGAUUGAGACGAGCAUUAAACGUGGUCGAUGGCUCGUCAUGGAGGAGAUGGUUGCCGGUGCCGCCCCCGAGCCCCAGGAGGGAGCCUACAUUGCCGAGAAGAAGGGAUUCUUCAGCUGGACAAGACGCAACAAGGGCGUCAACCGUCGCAAAUCAACUGGCAAGCAUACCCUUGAGAAGGGCAACAAGAAGACGGAUCCCAAUGUCAGCAAAUCGAGCAUCGGCCCCGAUCAACAGGCUCGGAUUCAAGCUGCCGCUCAACAGCUUCAGGCACGCCAGCAGCAGGAGAAGCAGCAAAUUCUGCAGGCUCGACGAGGCAGAAAGGAUGAGUCGGCGAGAGAGAAGACCACUAGCGUAUUCACCCUCCAGCCAGAAAUCAUGAAACAGGCGUCUCCAGCGAUGAAAUGGGCGAACAAGUAUGAUAAGGAGGCUAUCCGGGAGGCUUACCUAGCGAACAACACUGCUGGACGCGGUAUCGGUGUUUCUACUAUGCAAAGGAACAACAGUCAAGGCCACAACGAAUACUCGAACGGCAAUACCAACGGAGCCGAGCUUCGCCCUGAAGUCCCGGCCAAGUCGCCCUCGCUGCUACCGCAGCCCUCGCCAUUGACCCAGAGCUCACCAGGUUUCCCUCGUUCGCCAUCCUCGCUUCCCCCCAGCGCGCAAGACGACGAACCUCGCGUUCCAUCCGAAAGGGAAUCAGAAGCUCCGAGUGACCUGCACCCCACCGACCGAUUCGAGGAAGGCCGCAGUUCUCCGAUGCCCCCGCCGAAGGACACAUACGACCAGGCACGGGAGAACAUGUUCACCCCGGAACCGGACACCAGCCCGAAGGACAAAAAGUCCAAGAAGCUCCACAAGGAGAAGACCGGUGGAGGUGGACUUCGCAAGCUCUUUGGCCGUAACAAGAACCGGAACUCAAAGCUGCCCGAGAACGCCGCCCCAGAUGUGAACGGUAUGCUCCAGCGCGAGACAGCAACUCCCGAGCCGCCAAAGCCUGCUCCUUCUCCUGUUCCCCAGCCCGCUGCCUCAGAGUCCAACCUCCCCACAUCAACACCUGCAGAGGCUUACAUCACACCAAUGGAGACUCCUCAACCCGCCCCAGUUGAGACCCAAGCUCACGAGCCGCAGUACGAGCCGUCCGUUGAUGAAUCCCUCUCUCGCGUCGACACCGACGAUGCCAACGAGGCUCGGCACGAAUUCUCGCGGUUUGACCAGGGCCCUCUGCAAGAGCAGCCCGCGUUUGUCCCCGACGACGACUCCGAGGAUGCUGUUCCGCCCCCUAUCGCGAGACGUGCGAAGACCCCCGACCCUCCCGCGGACAACUCGUCCGCUCCGGUGUCUCCCGAGGAUGGCCCUAGAUCGCCACCCGCAGUCGACCGAUGGGCCCAGAUCCGCAAGAACGCUGCCGAGCGCGCAGCUCAACGCCAAAGCGAAGAACAGAGCCGUGGCGGGUACAGCAAGACUACCGACGAUGGCGACGACACAAGCGGGGAAGAGACAAUCGAGUCCCGCGUAGCGCGUAUCAAGGCGCGUGUUGCUGAGCUGACUGGCAACAUGGAGAACUCCCAAGGUCCUCCUUUGACGGGCGCCCGCACUCCUCCCGUCCGCCGUUAA